AGCAAAUUGUAAGAUCGUAUCGGAAUCCACGUUUGGAUUGAAGAGCAAGGCUGGCGCACGUUGCAUAUAGUGCAUAUUGCGACAAAUUCUGGUCAAUUUGUUAACUUGUUUGAUCCUGAAUCCCACCAUGAACCCAGACGGCCCGGCCACACCGAUUCCUCGAAAGCGCAUCUUUCAAAUGGGAAACACUCCUGAAAACCCAACAAGAAACGUCCCUAGAUUCCAACCUUCAGAAGCGCAACAUCAAUCAUACCCUCCUUCCUCGGUAUCAGCUGGCCCAUCCUUUCCAAAGCUCGGUACAAAUAACCCGUUCCUUCGCACGACAACUCCCAAAUCAACACCGCACCGCUCGAUAUCCUGUCGGCGUUCUCGAAGCGGAAUUCGGGAUCUGGCUGACGCAGACUCGGAUGAUUCAGACGACAUGCAUACUCGUCAUCUGACUAGAACCCCCAUAUCGAGAAGAUCGCAACACAAGUCGUCCUUGUCGAUUCAUGUAGGUCCUUUCGGGGGCGGAAACACGGUAAUAAAUAGUGCAAGCAGUAGUAGAGCAUCCUUACUAGCCCGACGCAAUUCAGAUGCCAUGGUGAUGAAUACGCUCACCGACGAGGCAUUCAGUAUGGAUCCGAUGGCUGUCGAUGGUACACCGCGGAAGACGGGCAGUAGGAGGAGUUCGCUAUCGGCAUUAUCGGCAAAACCACUGAAUAGAAUUGCAAAUUUGCUCAAGGAAGAGGCAAAGCCAUUUGAUAAGGAAAUCGCGCACGAAAAAGCAGUAAACCAAAGUUUCCCCACCCUUCACUCUGCGUUCAAUCUCGAGUCACUAGAAUCGAUGCUAGAAGAAUCACCUCCUGACUCGCCCUCGAUGAUGGAUCCGUCAACGCCACGAAGCGAUCGGGCAAUGUCCAUGUCACUUACUGCGGAUAGCAGAGAGACCACACCAGAGAAUCUUGGUGUUCCGGUACCUGUGCGCGCUGUUGCUAUACCCAAUUCAGCACUCAAGGACCCAGCUACAUAUGUAUCACAUUCUUCUAAAUUGAACCCGGAGAAUAGUUUUAUAUCAAAACAGCAAGAAGUGAUCAUGUCGUCCCCCUCACUCUCGCCUGUUCAUAUGAUGCUCGGAGGCUCUUCGCCCUCGGCGUCUGAACGUAAAGGAAAACGCAAACUAUCAGCCGACACUGACCGCUUCGAACCCUACAAGAGAAUUCGCAUGCCGUCCUCUCCCACCGUCCACUCACCAACGUACGCAGCUUCCUACUUUCCACCAAUGGGCCCUCGAACAGGCUCCACACCUCCACCCUUCAGUCUUCCCUUCCCUUUGGUUUUUCAACGACAGCGCUCGCCGAGUGUGUCAAGUACAUCGAGUGGCUCUGGGAACAUGUGGGGGGUCGAGAAAACGGGCGGGACGGGUGGAACGACCACAGGAGGAGAGAAAUCGUCGAAUAGCAAUGGCAGUUCAAAUGGAACCCCGAUAAUAGGACAUGCUCUACACCCGCACCUUGCAAGUAGUAAUCCACCACCGAGCCCAAGGACGUUGGGUCAAAUGUUGAAUUUGACAGGCACACAGGAAGGGUUUACAAAGAUGAGUAUUACCGAGUAGUUGAUAAAAUUGAGGGAUGCAGUGGUUACUCGUCAGAAUGUGGCAAGACGGAUCAACAGGCAAUGCCAGUUGCAGUGAGCUGCGCACUUGUACAUGGAACUUAAUCUGCUUAUGUUCAUAUACCUAAUGCGAAGCCACUGUCAAUGGACGGGCUUCAACAAGGCCAGUAACGGCACAUGUUUGUCAGGCAAAGGGAUAUCAACCCACAAUUCUCUCUUAAUUACUCUACCAAGAAACGACAAACGAGCAACAUUUAAAAAGGUAUUCACGACAAACUAUCGGCCAAUACGGGAGGAAACCACGCACGCCGACGAGCAUCUUUCCAAAAAACAAAUAACCCUCCUUGCCUCUCAAAACCCAUGUGCUCCACUGCCAAUAAUGCUGGCUCUCGGAUUCUCAACCUCAUUAUCAGCCUUCACCCAUAUCAACAGCGGGCCCCACUCAGCCUCAACCCUUCCUCCUUGCGGGUGCGGUACAGUCGUGUACCCAUGUUCUUUAUAAAAAUGCUCUGUAUGCCACAAACUCCACACUUCGAUGGUUUCGAUUCCGGGAAGACGAUGCAGUUCUUUAAUGAGUCGACGACUGAAGCCGAGUCCUUCGUAGGCUGUGUUGACGUAGAGUUUAUCGAUGCAGAGAUGGCAGGAGUCUUCGGCGCCAUGAAAGUACUGAUGGAUACAAACAUGUUAGGAAAGAACACGUCAGACAAUGUGGCCUUUAAACGUAGUACCUCGAUGAAUCCAACA